UGUCCCGAGGAUGGAUAUAGAGGACUGUAAUGGACGGUCUUACAUAUCUGGUAGCGGGGACUCCUCUCUGGAGAAGGAAUUCGGCUCGGCGCUCGCGGGAGCCACGGUGAGCACCCCCAACAGCCAGCACUCCUCGCCGAGCCGCUCGCUCAGUGCGAACUCGAUCAAGGUGGAGAUGUACAGCGAUGAGGAAGGCAGCCGGCUGCUCCCGCAGGACGAGCGCCUGCUCGAGAAGGAGGACAGCGUCAUCGUGGAGGACUCGCUCUCGGAGCCGCUGGGCUACUGCGACGGCUCGGCGCCGGAGCCGCACUCGCCCGGCGGCAUCCGCCUGCCCAACGGCAAGCUCAAGUGCGACGUGUGCGGCAUGGUGUGCAUCGGCCCCAACGUGCUCAUGGUGCACAAGCGCAGCCACACCGGAGAGCGGCCCUUCCACUGCAACCAGUGCGGGGCCUCCUUCACGCAGAAGGGCAACCUGCUGCGCCACAUCAAGCUGCACUCGGGCGAGAAGCCCUUCAAGUGCCCCUUCUGCAACUACGCCUGCCGCCGCAGGGACGCGCUCACCGGCCACCUGCGCACGCACUCAGGGGAGAAGCAGAUGCGCUUCACGCUCUCGGAGCUGCCCUUCGACGUGAGUGCCGGCUUCGAGAAGGACGUGGAGAUGGUGUCGGCGCAUCACCCGCUGGAGCCGGCGUACGGCGGCUCGCUGGCGCUCAUGGGGGGCGAGCACCUGCGGCCCCUGCGCCUGCCGCCCACAAACUGCAUCUCCGAGGUGACGCCCGUCAUCAGCUCCGUGUACACGCAGCUGCAGCCGCUGCCGGCGCGCCUGGAGCUGCCGGGCGGCCGCGAGGCGGCCGAGGGCCCCGACGAGGCGGCGGACGGCGCGCAGCUGCUGUACCGGGGCCGCGAGGCCGCCGCGUCGCCCGCCAACGGCUGCCACGACUCCACGGACACGGAGAGCAUCCACGAGGAGCGGAGCUCGCAGCCGCCGGGCGGCAGCCGCCAGAGCCCGGCCUACGCCAAAGAGGAGCCCAAGGCGGCCGAGGGGCCGGCGGGCGCGCGCGGCGGCGGCGCCAAGGAGGCGCUGCGCGUGCUCAACGCGCACGGCGAGCAGCUGCGCGCCUUCACGUGCGAGCACUGCCGCGUGCUCUUCCUGGACCACGUCAUGUUCACCAUCCACAUGGGCUGCCACGGCUUCAGAGACCCUUUCGAGUGCAACAUCUGUGGCUACCACAGCCAGGACCGCUACGAGUUCUCGUCCCACAUAGUGCGGGGCGAGCACAAGGUCGGCUAA